UUGUCAGGCAUAAUAUGCAUUUAUGGAAGUGAUUCGUUUACUCAACAUAACCCCACCAUCCGGGCGGUACACAUAUAUGAUUUAUUAGGAAAACGAGGUUCAGAAGUUGUCCUCCUAUUAUUCCCGGUUCUGUUGUCCUAUAUCCACUACUACUUUCCAUGAUAUCAAGGAAUCUCCAGGGCUAUGACGAGUUGUCUGUUCAUGUAACAGGGAAUUGAAUAAGAUGGCCAUCACCUUAUACUGUUUUAUCAAACCGAAUCCAUGACCGACACGUGCAAUGUCCCGCUCACUAGACAAAGAUCUUCUAGCUCACUUGAAAGCCGACGAUCCAAAUAAAGUAUACAAGGAUAUCUCGACGUUGCUUACAGAUUUGCCGGACAACGAACUGCUGGAGAUCGAAUUCCUUGGAAAGAGUCACCCUCUAGAGUCAGGAGUCAACUACCUAAGAGAUGGUGCGGCCGUAGCGGUUCCUAAGCUAAGACUAGCUCAGGCAUUCUUCGUUGCCCGUCAGAUACUGCAAAGCUCUCGAGAGGAUAGCUCUAUCGACAACACCGACGCCCUGGCUGCGACGGCUGUGGUGCUUCUUAUGGACCCUGAGCAUUUGACAGCUGCUAAUACCAGGAAACGGCUGCUCAUAUCAGCAUUAGGAACGGGUGGACAAAAUGAAUUAUUGUUAAGUCGGGAGAAGCAGUUCGUGGAUAGCCUCAUCACGUCGAGGUUGCACCGCCAUACCAAGUCCCCUACUCUCUGGUCGCAUCGUCGCUGGCUACAUCAUCUACUUAUAGCCCAUAAUGUCUCUAUAGACUUGAAGUACGAGAUAAAGAACGUCGUCAUAAUAGCAGGAACCCGGCAUCCUCGCAACUAUACCGCCUGGAACCAUGCUCGGCUCCUAUUAGAUCUCUGUCCGGAACAUGCUGAUGAUGUUACUAUUGAUGUUAAGGACUUCUGCUUGAAGAAUCAUACCGAUAUUUCUGGCUGGAGUUUCCUCAUCCAUGUCAUAAGCAGACUUGGAAAUGGAGAAAGCCGUCGCGAGACCUGCUCCUCGAUUCUCGCGGAAGUCCUUAACAUUACAGAUUCGUUACGUUGGACAAAUAUUUCCGUCUGGGUAUUUCUGCGCAGCGUAGCGGCAUCUGAGCUUAUUAACGAUCAACAAUUUGCGUCAUUCUUGACCGUGAAUAAGAAACUUGUUUCCAUAACGCCGAAAGACAGCGAUCAGUGGAGAAUCUUGGAUAGCGCACGAGAGUGGUGCGAAAACCGUCGUCUUCCUACGGUCUCAGAUGUGGCGGGGUGAGAUGAGAUCAGCUCAGCUAAACAAUUAGGGAUGAAUAGUCUAAGAAUAGGUGAUCAAGAAGGCUGAAACAGAGUACGCACGCAUUAUAUGUCACCUACUUCCUUCUCAUCCCUAUCUCAGCGCCACCUUCUCGUAGUGGACAGUGUUGGACUGCGGAGCG